GGUUUCUUUACACUCGCUGGCAGGCUGGGUACCGGCUCCCUCGCCCGCCCGGGAAAGUGGGUUACGGAGGGAAGAGGCUCCGCGCAGACGCCGGCAAAGGAGCAUCCGGCCACAGAGAGACCAGAGAACCCCUUCCUUUUUGCCGCCUUCUCUUCAUCUUUUCUAGGGGGUUUUAUAUGUGUAGUCUCUCCUUUAAAACUGUGUUCCUUUGACUUUUUCCCACCUCUGCUCGGGUUUGGUGAGGGCUUUGUUAAGUCUUAAAGGGAAGAGAGACUGAGCGAGGGAAAGAGGGAAGCAAAGUGGAAAGGACCGCAGGUUGGCAAAGCGCGCGCCGCCUGCGCCGUGGAUGAAAGCCCUCGGUUUGUAGAGCCCUCUCGGCGAGCAGCAGCCACACACGCUCCGAGCAGCCCGCGACCCGCACCGCGGCGUGGCCACCAUGGUCGCCAGAGUUCAGCCUGAUCGGAAACAGUUGCCGCUGGUCCUACUGAGAUUGCUCUGCCUUCUUCCCACAGGACUGCCCGUUCGCAGCGUGGAUUUUAACCGAGGCACCGACAACAUCACCGUGAGGCAGGGGGACACGGCCAUCCUCAGGUGCGUUGUAGAAGAUAAGAACUCGAAGGUAGCCUGGUUGAACCGUUCUGGCAUCAUUUUUGCUGGGCAUGACAAGUGGUCUCUGGACCCUCGGGUUGAGCUGGAGAAACGCCAUUCUCUGGAAUACAGCCUCCGAAUCCAGAAGGUGGAUGUCUACGAUGAGGGUUCCUACACUUGCUCCGUGCAGACACAGCAUGAGCCCAAGACCUCCCAAGUUUACUUGAUCGUGCAAGUUCCACCAAAGAUCUCCAACAUUUCCUCGGAUGUCACUGUGAAUGAGGGCAGCAACGUGACCCUGGUCUGCAUGGCCAAUGGCCGUCCUGAACCUGUUAUUACCUGGAGGCACCUUACACCAACUGGGAGAGAAUAUGAAGGAGAAGAAGAAUAUCUGGAGAUCUUUGGCAUCACCAGGGAGCAAUCAGGCAAAUAUGAGUGCAAAGCUGCCAAUGAAGUCUCCUCGGCGGACGUCAAACAAGUCAAGGUCACUGUGAACUAUCCUCCCACUAUCACGGAAUCCAAGAGCAACGAAGCCACCACCGGACGAAAAGCCUCUCUCAAAUGUGAGGCCUCGGCAGUGCCUGCGCCUGACUUUGAGUGGUACCGGGAUGACACCAGGAUAAACAGUGCCAAUGGCCUUGAGAUUAAGAGCACGGAGGGCCAGUCCUCCCUGACGGUGGCCAACGUCACCGAGGAGCAUUAUGGCAACUACACCUGUGUGGCUGCCAACAACCUGGGGGUCACCAACGCCAGCCUCGUCCUUUUCAGACCUGGGUCGGUGAGAGGAAUAAACGGAUCCAUCAGUCUGGCCGUACCACUGUGGCUGCUGGCAGCAUCUCUGCUCUGCCUUCUCAGCAAAUGUUAAUAGAAUAAAAGUUUAAAAA